AACGUUUGCCAGCGGCUUUGAUUCUCGUCGGCGGUGUUUUGGUGCAACGCCGGAAGUGUGACGUUGUUUGGAGAGGCCGCCCCCCUCUCAUUCAUUCAGCUCAGUACAGUAUGGCCGCUUUUAUUUCUUCUGUUUUCACUCUUACCUGCACAUUUUAACACAUAUGGCGACAAAGCGCAAAGUGGAGGUGGUUGUGCCCGCGGAGGAGAGUGACCAGCUCCUCAUCCGUCCACUGGGUGCUGGUCAGGAGGUCGGGAGGUCAUGCAUCAUCCUGGAGUUCAAAGGAAGAAAAAUUAUGCUGGACUGUGGUAUCCACCCUGGCUUGGAGGGUAUGGACGCGCUCCCUUACAUAGACUUGAUCGACCCAGCUGAGAUAGACCUGCUGCUCAUCAGCCAUUUCCACCUGGAUCACUGUGGAGCCCUGCCCUGGUUCCUCCAGAAGACCAGCUUCAAAGGCCGGACCUUCAUGACCCACGCCACUAAGGCCAUCUACCGCUGGCUACUGUCAGACUACGUCAAAGUCAGCAACAUAUCUGCAGAUGACAUGCUGUACACUGAGACUGACCUGGAGGAGAGCAUGGACAAGAUCGAGACCAUCAACUUCCACGAGGUCAAGGAAGUCGCUGGAAUCAAAUUCUGGUGCUACCACGCUGGUCAUGUGCUGGGAGCUGCCAUGUUCAUGAUAGAAAUAGCUGGAGUCAAGCUGCUGUACACAGGAGAUUUCUCCCGACAAGAAGACCGGCAUCUGAUGGCAGCUGAGAUCCCCAGUGUCAAACCUGACAUCUUAAUCAUAGAGUCGACCUACGGCACCCACAUCCAUGAAAAGAGGGAGGAGCGUGAAGCUCGGUUCUGUAACACAGUCCAUGACAUUGUCAACAGAGAAGGCCGCUGUUUAAUCCCUGUGUUCGCCUUGGGGCGGGCCCAGGAACUGCUGCUCAUCCUGGACGAGUACUGGCAGAACCACCCGGAGCUCCAUGACAUCCCCAUCUACUACGCUUCAUCUCUGGCCAAGAAGUGCAUGGCCGUGUAUCAGACCUACGUCAACGCAAUGAACGACAAGAUCCGCAAGGCCAUCAAUAUCAACAACCCGUUUGUUUUCAAGCACAUCAGCAACCUCAAGAGCAUGGAUCACUUUGAUGACAUUGGUCCCAGUGUGGUGAUGGCGUCUCCGGGUAUGAUGCAGAGCGGGCUGUCCAGAGAGCUUUUUGAGAGCUGGUGCACCGAUAAGAGGAACGGAGUCAUCAUCGCUGGAUACUGUGUGGAGGGCACACUGGCCAAGCACAUCAUGUCCGAGCCGGAGGAGAUUACCACCAUGUCAGGACAGAAGCUGCAGCUGAAGAUGUCAGUGGACUACAUCUCUUUCUCUGCCCACACUGACUACCAGCAGACCAGCGAGUUCAUCAGGGCCCUCAAACCACCACACGUGAUCCUGGUGCACGGGGAGCAGAAUGAGAUGGCCCGUCUGAAGGCUGCACUGAUCAGAGAGUACGAGGACAAUGAUCAAGUUCACAUCGAAGUCCACAACCCUCGCAACACAGAGGCUGUCACACUCAACUUCAGAGGAGAAAAACUGGCCAAGGUAAUGGGCUCUCUGGCUGAUAAGAAAUGUGUUCAGGGCCAGAGGGUGUCAGGCAUACUGGUGAAAAAGAACUUCAACUACCACAUCCUCAACCCCUCUGACCUUUCUACGUACACAGAGCUGGCCAUGAGCACGGUGAAACAGUCCCAGGCCAUCCCCUUCACUGGACCUUACUCACUGCUCGUCUGCCAUCUGAGGAACCUCACAGGUGAUGUGGAAGAGCUGGAUGGGACCGAGAAGAACACUUUGAAGAUCUUUAAAAAUAUCACUCUGAUCCACGAGGUCGGCAUGGUGCUGCUGGAGUGGAUAGCUAACCCUCUCAAUGACAUGUAUGCCGAUGCUGUCACCACUGUAGUACUGGAAGUCCAGUCAAACCCAAAGGCUCAGAAAGUCAUGGAGACCCAGGGUAGCAUUAUGGACAUGGACGUCUUCCAAACCCGACUAGCAGUCAUGUUGCAGGACAUGUUCGGAGAGGAAUGUGUGGAUUUCAGUGACGGUAAAAACAUCACUGUGACAGUAGACGGGAAGGCGGUUCACAUUUGCUUGGAAACGAGGUCGGUGUGCUACGAGGACGAAUGCACAGACGACGACUCCCUGAGAGAGAUGGUGGAGCUGGCGGUGCAGAGACUCUAUGACGCCCUCAACCCGGUCGUCUGAGAGCGGAGACGAGACUGCAGGUCUGCGGACACGUUCAAAUACUUUUACAAAAUACAAAAAGUGUUGGAAGUUAACAAGCAGCUUGUAUUUGUGUGCUAAAAGCUGGAUAACUUGUGUUCCCAAGAAUCAUAGUGUGACAUCCGUAUUUCUACAUGUAAUUGAUCAACAACCAAUCACAGUCACACAAUGUGCAAGUAGGAAAGACUAGAUUGACCUGAGAUACCAUGAAGUAAAUGAAAUAAGCUGUGUAGAUAGGAUUUGUUCUGGUAGAUUUUAGUGAUGUUUUCUGUUAUGCAAGCACUUUUAAUUAUACUGAAUACGUUGACAGUAUUUGUGUAGAUGCACUGUAGGUUUUGUGUGAGUUUGUUACUAACGUGCACUGAUGUGACAAAAUUGUUUACUGUUAACUCUGAUGUGAACUGUGAAUUUCUAAAUGCACUAAACGUUGAAAUGUUUGAAGCAGACUUUUACACAAA